AUGGGAGACACACUAAUCGGCUUGAAGGGAAAAGAUUUCACCAUGCUUGCUGCUGAUACAACAGCCGCAUUUUCUAUAAUUUUAAUGAAAGACACUGAAGACAAAAUCACAGCAGUUCCAAACCAGAAUAUUUUGAUUGCCGCUCAAGGCGAGCAAGGUGAUCGUGUACAAUUUGUAGAGUUUAUUACAAAGAAUUUGAAUUUGUAUCGUCUUAGAAAUGAUACAAAUCUCUCCGUAAAGGCGAGUGCUCACUUUUUAAGACAAGAAUUGGCUAAAGCUUUACGUUCUGGACCUUACCAAACAAACAUUCUUAUUGGUGGUGUCGAUGAUAAUGAAGGGGCAAAGCCGGAAUUGUAUUUCAUUGAUUAUCUUUCGAGUCUUCAAGAAGUUAAAUACGGAGCUCAUGGUUAUGGAUCUUACUUUGUUUUAUCCGUUCUUGACAAGUAUUAUAAGGAUGAUAUGAAUGUCAAUGAAUGUUUAGACGUUUUAAGAAAGUGUGUGCAAGAGAUUCAAAAGAGACUGUUGUUGAACACACCUUCAUUCAUUGUCAAGAUUGUAGAUAAAUAUGGAUCAAGAGAGGUAGACUUAUAUGCUGACCAACCCAUUACUGAAAGUAUGCAAGAAUAA